AUGAUCUAUAUCACCAACUGUGCGUAUAAAUUUGGAAAAAUUUGAAAGCCGGUAUUAGCGAGAGAAUGGAAGGACCUGAACUCAAGAAGAGGAAAAUCCCUAAGCCACCGCCUCGCCGGACUGUUGCUUCACCUGCUUCAAAGACUCUCAAAGAUGCAAAACCAACAAGUAGUUCGAGGAUUCCAGGUGUACAAACAAGUGAUAUUAAUAGUUUCAGAAUCCAACAAGACAAAAAUUUUGCUGUAGCUCAAGCACAACAAGACGGCUGCACCGGAAAUUUUAUGAAAUUUGAUUCAUGGUAUGGGAAUUUUCUGGUACCGGUUGUUCCAUCACGGGCAGAACUUAACAGAUAAGUAUUUCUUGUAUCAUAUUAAUUUUGAUAUGAUUUUGUUUGCAAACAAUGUGACAGUUGUUUAAGUCCUUGCUUUUGCUAUAUGGAUCAUAAGAUUCUUCUCCGGCUGCUGGUUCUCAUUUGUUUGACAACAAGAGAUCCAAUAGUACUUGUAAUCGUGGUAUUAGAUAGGGAUAGCCUAAUCAACGAGUUUACCCACUUGAUAUCUAUCUGUUUUACUCCAUUUGUUCAUUUAUUGUCAAUUUAUCACUCAUAUUUUUGGCUAUAGAACCAAUUCCAGGCCUAAAUUUUAUCUUAGUUUGCCUUUGUAUAGGAGUAAAACCAAAACAAAUAAGAUGAAGCUUAGAAGAUAUCUGGGUUUAGCUUGCCUUGGAUAGUCUUAUUCAUUUCACUAUCAAAGUGAAUAGAAAAAGAAAAUGAUUGCUCUUUUAAA